UGCUGGGCUAGACUAGGCGCGGGUGGCUCCGUGGCGCUUCCUGCCACGCCAGGCCUGCCUGGGCCGCGCCAGCUCCACUCCGCUGAGGGCUGUGCAUCGGUCGCCGCCAAGCCUGGGUGAGCGUGCGGUCCGCUGAAGAGUGUGUAGGAUCGAGGUGAUCGUGCGGGCGGCGGGAAGGACGUACCAGCCCGAGUGAUCGCGAAGGAGGCGAAAGGAUGUACGGGCCUGAGUGAGCGUACGGGGUCGAGUCUGUCCUGCUGUUGAGCACUCGCCGCACAAGAGGAGAGGUUUCCUGGAAUGUGCACUCACGUCUGCUUCUGCUUAUCUGGAUUAUUUCAAUCCAACAGGUGGGACCUUACCUACUGAACUAAUCGACAGUAUUGUUCAGAGACACGAUGAGUCAUCCCUGUGUGUCUCUUUUGGCUCCACCUGCUCCCCAAGGUCUUGCCCUUCCCCAGGAUGGAACCCCGGGAAACCAGGUCCUGGCAGUCCCUCUUGAGAUGCCGGAGGCCCAGGAUUUGGUGCCAUUUGAUGAUGUGUGGAACCUGACAAAAACAGAGUGGUUGAGCCUGGACCCUGAGCAGAAGACACUGGCAUAUUAUGGGAACAUGACCUCCGUGGGAGUUCCUGCUUUGAACCCUACUUUGGUCUCACACCUGGCUCAAGGACAAGUGAUGUUGGUAUCAGACCCAUCCCUCAGCACGGAUCAAGCUAAGCACCCAGAAAGCACUUCUGUGACCCACCACCAGACAAUGGAUGUAGAAGUCCAGCCUCAGGAGAUGGCUUCCACAAGCUCCCCAAGGGCCAGUGACUCGAGUGCUGAGGUCAAACAGAAUGGGAAUGCUGAGGGAAGGGGAGGGAACCCACAGAAUCUGCCCAUAGAACACCAUUUUGCAUGUAAAGAGUGUGGGGACACCUUUCGCCUAAAAGUGCUCCUUGUUCAGCACCAGAGGGUUCACAGUGAGGAGAAGGGCUGGGAGUGUGGAGAUUGUGGGAAGGUCUUCAGGGGGGUGUCAGAAUUUAAUGAGCACAGGAAGAGCCACCUGGCUGGGGAGCCCAAGCCCGGCCCUAGUCGGGCCCAGGAUGACGUCGUGGAGAAGAGGGAGCAAAUGGAGAGGGAGGCGAAGCCCUUUGAGUGCGAGGAGUGCGGGAAAAGGUUUAAGAAGAACGCAGGCCUCAGUCAGCACCUGAGGGUGCACAGCAGAGAGAAGCCCUUCGACUGCGAGGAGUGCGGGCGCUCCUUCAAAGCCAACACCCACCUCUUCCGACAUCAGAAGCUUCACACUUCGGAGAAGCCCUUCGCGUGCAAGUCGUGCAGCAGGGAUUUCCUGGAUUGCCAGGAGCUCCUCAAGCACCAGCGGAUGCACACAGGCCACCUGCCCUUCGACUGCGACGACUGUGGAAAGUCCUUCCGUGGCGUCAAUGGCCUGGCCGAGCACCAGCGCAUCCACAGCGGUGCCAAGCCAUACGGGUGUCCGCACUGCGGCAAGCUCUUCCGGCGGAGCUCGGAGCUUACGAAGCACCGGCGGAUCCACACCGGCGAGAAGCCCUACGAGUGCGGCCAGUGCGGCAAGGCGUUCCGCCAGAGCUCCAGCCUGCUGGAGCACGCGCGCAUCCACAGCGGCGAGCGGCCGUACGCGUGCGGCGAGUGCGGGAAGGCGUUCCGCGGGCCCUCCGACCUCAUCAAGCACCGGCGCAUCCACAGCGGACUGAAACCCUAUGAGUGCGACAAGUGCGGCAAGGCCUUCCGCAGAAGUUCGGGCCUGAGUCGCCACCGGCGCAUCCACAGUGGGGCGAGACGCUGCGAGUGCAGCGAGUGUGGCCGCGUGUUCAAGAGGCGCUCGGCACUGCAGAAGCAUCAGCCCACCCACCGCGAGUAGAUGGCCCUGCGCCCACCCGCCGCGGGUGGGACGAGAGGGGGCCCCAGAGGCCGGCGGGGGAGUCAAAGGAGAUGAACAAUUUUGUAGCGCUUGUCUAUUUUAUCGUCCAAGAGGUCGAACCAGUUUAUACUGCCACCAGCAAUUUCUUAAGUGUACACGUUGCCCAUUAUGCCCAUUGAGAGUAGCUUUUACCAUUUUAACUUAGUUUGGCUAGUUCACCUGGCAGAAAGAACCGUCAAGGGAUUUCGAUCCUCAUGCCUUGAAUGAGAAGAGAAAUUCGAAUGUGGGGGUGGGGAGGGUCUCAGCGGCUCAUCCGCUCCAAGCCCCAAGUCUGGAGGAAACCAGUGCAGAGAUGUUCAACGAUGACAUCAAGAUAAUGUGACCCCACCUCUCCCAAAGAGUUUUUUGGCCUACUUGAAUUUAUAAAUUUUUAGGGAUGUAAAUAGAAUACUCAAAUGUCUUAUAAUAUUUAAUUUAUUAAUUUAGUUAUACAUACAUAUUGUAAAUCACAUAUUAUAUAGAAUAAUAUAUUAAUUUAGGAAAUAUGCCUUUUUGCCACGCUCCAUUUCAGGAAGUCAUUUUAUUCUAACUCCUCACGUACGUUUUCAACCUCACCGUCUUCACCAACGUGGGAACCCUGGAGUCUCAGAGCACAUCCAGUCACUCCAUCUAAGCUAUGAGUGGUAGCACUGUGACAAUCCCUGCAUGAGGCUCUCAUCAGAAAUUUCCUCCCAAGCCAUAAGAACAUAUUCCUGUACCCUUACAACAGUUGUUUAGUGUGUUCUGUAAUUAGUCCUAUAGCUCCACAACAUAGCUACUUAAGGUGGUGCUUUUUCAAAUGGCCUUAUAAAAGGCUGGGGGUUGUUUAGUUUCCUUUUGUUUGAGCACCUGAAGUAUCAUCCUGAGGUCAUACUCCCAGUAAAAAUUAUUGAAUGUGGAUUAAAGGUUCUUUGCCUUCUUGUUUCUUAAACCAGUUCAAUCUGGUGACCCCUAUGUAUAUCCAAAACAAGCAUCAAUUGGGUUGUUUCAGCCUAGUGACUCUUGUCCUCACCCAGUACUAUUUUGUUCAAAAUACAGUAGGUGAGAGUGCAGCCCCAAAUAAGAGAGACGUCUCCAGGACUCAAGGGUGAGGUGAUGCCUUCUCGCUGGGAACAAAAGCCUCUCCUGGUAUGGGGCCUAGAUGGUACUUCACCAGCCCUCUAUUUGCAAAUCUGUAAAAUGGGGGGACAAUCACAGUACCUACCUCCUAAGGUUAUCAAGAGGACUGGCAUCAUGCCUGCAGAGCACUGCACGUGAUGACCUGGCACCUGCAUUCAGUGAAGAUCAUGUGCUGGCAUCACCGUAGUUCUUGUUAUCAUUUUACAGCUCAUUAGUACUAGAACUGGGAGUGGACCCCAGGCCUCCUGACUACUAGCCUCAUCUUUCUUUCCUGCAAUGACUUAAAUACCGUUUCUGUUUUCUCGCAUGCAAAUUGUACGUUCAUCUCCUUUGACUAAUUAUCAAGUUACCUUUGAAUAUAUUGACUUUAUAUAGCAGUUCUUUCUAUAUUGAUUGUGGUGUUCUCUUCUGAUUUUAUUGCUUUGCUCUUUGUAGCGGUUCUUUUACAUUUUUUGUUGUGUGAGCUUUUAAUUUUUACAUAUCCCAGCAUUCGUUUUUGUCUGUUAAGUCAUAACUUUCAUUGCUUCAGUAUUUAAAUAUGAUGUUUUCUUCUAGAAUUUUAAUCACAAAUGAAAAGUUGAAACUUCUGCCCACCAGCAGGUGGAGGCACCAGGUGGGCAGGCUGGAUGGGAAAGGGCCAGAGAAGCAGGCCUAUUCCUAUCCAAGAUGCAGACUCCAUGUAUAUCUGUGGGCAGCAUUUGACUAUCCAACCUAGCCACUGAGGCACACUAGAGAUAUGUCUGUCAUGGAAUGCCAGGAGCACUCUGUGACAACUCACCAGUACAGCCCCAGCCACCAGCAGCAGGGCUUGGCCUCACCUAGACCAAUGGGAUGGUCCAAAAUUGGUCUGGCAGCAGCCGGCCAUCAUUCAAGUUCCCGGGAGCCUUGACAAUGCCGGGUGUGGAUUUGGUGACUGAGCAGCAGAUCCACUCAAGAGACAUCUCCUCGGACACAAGAAGACUCACCUGACUGAUAUCAUCAUGUGGACCACAGCCUCCUCCCAGCAAGUGACUCUGGAAUGAGAAAGAGAUUGGUUUGGUGGCCACUGCUUUGGGCAACUAAGGAGAAAUUUGCCCAUGUGUUCUGGCAUUACUUCUGUAGCCACAUCGAAGGGCUCAAGAGAGCCGAGGCUCAGAGAGGAACCACAUCCCUCCAAUUGCCUGCGUGCUAUGCUGCUAGAAGCUGGCUACACAAGGCCUGGACUAGGACUUGCAGUAGCUGUGCCUGGGAGGGGCAGUAAAGCAAGGGUUCGAGGGCAUUGAGCCCUUCUGGUGGCCCAUGUGGCAUCCAAACAGGAGCUGGUCAUCCUGGGGCUGGGCUGUCACUCUGCAGCCUCCCCUAAGAGGAACAGCAGCAAGGGGUAGAGAGGUAGCUGGCCACACCAGGACUGUGGCCUGAAACUUCCCAGCAACUGUGCCCAGGGGGCCCUGGGGGUGCAUGGAGAGGAAGUGUCCUCUUCUAGCAGCCCAGAGGAGAGGCAGAGCUCCCCAACAGGCACAGCCUGGAAGGGCUUUCCAGGCCCUGUCCUGGAAACAGGGUCUGACAGUGACCGCCAUGACCUUGGCCAGAAGGUCCUCUCAGAUGGCCCCUGGCCCUGUGCGACAUCUCCAUCCUGACCCCAGGCUGGAGACAAGCCAACAGCACUUGUUACAUAGCAGUUCCUUUUGCUGUGUGGGCUCAGUUCUUGCAGUAGUUGUGAAUCUGUCUGAACUCACUACUUUCUCAGAUCAGUUUUCUCUUUUGGAGCUGUUAGGACAUGUUUUGUACAGCUAUCGUUGGGUAAGCAAAGUUAACAUCUACCAGGGGCAAGUCUGGCACCUUUACCUUGAAGGACUCUGCCAUUUCUUGACCAUUCACUCAUCAUGUAUGAGGUUUGAUGAAGGGUCCCGUUGAAGUCUAGAUUACCAUUGGCUCUGAAUGUAGCACAGUGCUCACUGCUCCCAGCCAGGACAUGGCAUCUUAGCAUUCCUUCCUGCCCUCCUUUACUUGUUUUCUAGUUUCAGUUUUUUAAAUUUCUCUCAAAAAAUCCUCUUUAAAAUUAACACUAAAGGUCAUGUCUUUUCCAUCCCUGUUGAUGAAGCAGCUUUUCAUGGUGUUGGUGGUAAAAUCCCAGCUCUGUCCAAACACAAUUAGUCUGUGGCUUCAGCAUGUGUCCAUAGUUUUGCCGAGUUCAUCUUCUGCCUCUGGGAACAUGAGGGUGGAUUUUCUUGGAUUCUCUAGGUAUACUGCUGUGUCCAAUGCAAGUGUGAGCAAGCUUCCCAUGGUAUGUGCUUGUCUAUGCAUUCGUGUAUCUACCUCAUUCUGUUUUUCUUUCUAACCACAUGUAUUACUAUUGCAAGGGAAAUGGAGAGCAGUUGGGUUACAUGGAAUUCUGCAUCUCAGAAUUUCUUGCCAUAUUAACAAAGAAACCCUCCAUUGAUUUUAUUAGUUUGGCUACUUGCUGAAAUUUUUCAAAGAAAGUAAUCAUUUACCAUUUUCCUGUGUAUUAUGAUUAACUGUCAAUCAGUUGUGUCAUAACCAUACUUGCCUUUCUGGAAAAAUCCCUACCUGAUCACAGUGGGCAUCUUUCUUCGAUCGUAUUGCAUUCUCUGUGCUUUGUUGUGUGCAUGAAGUGGCAUGGCACCUGCCCUGCCCACAGCCCUGGGCCAUGGCCCUGCUGUGUACCGUGUGACCCGACACCCCCCUUCUAGGUCAUGUUAAUUAAAGCAGAACCAAACACCUGACCCAAGGGCAGCAUUCAGUUGUCAGAGCUGGAAAUGAUGGAGUGAGCCUCUCACAUCUGCGAAAUACAAACAAGAAAACCAAAGUUUCUAGUUGGUGUUGGACCAUCGAAGAAGCCAUGUGGUAUUUAGAGGUGUUGCCCCUGUGGGUGACACGGUUGGAGAUCUCUAGGCUCUUACUGGGCUUCCCAGAGAUGCUCCAGUCCCAGCACCUGUAGGAGGCCUGACUGCUUUAUGUUUUCUGGAUGGCUGGCUCCUGCCCUCAUCAGUCCACACUGUGUCCCCAGCCUAGAUUUGAGCCAGCUAGAAUGGGUCUCUUCUUUGUGCUUUGUCAAUAGCCAAUUGCAUUUGACCAUUUGUCUACUUUCUGAGAAGAAUCAACCUUGGCUUUUCUCUCAUUCUGCCCAGCCAGGAUUCCUGGCCCAAGUCCCACCUUGACUGUCGUGAAUACCAGUUUAAAUGUGGUACUGUAUUCUGUUCACCAAGAUGGGUGAACACCUAUGCCUUUUCCUCUCAGUGAGUAUGUUAAUUGGUUUUCUGAGUAUGGUUCCUUUCCUGAUCCGUGUUUGGUCCAUAAAAUGAGUUCAUCACCCUGUUUCCAGCAAAUCCAUCAGAUUGGGAGGUUGAUAACUCCUGUUACUAGACCUGUGUUCUGUAGUUCUCAUUGCAUCAGUUUGGGUGUUUACUUUCCAAAACACACAUGGUCUCUUUAAACUUGACCCUCAACUUUACUUGCGUACUCUGACAACAGUAGUUGUGUCCUGCCCCGGUUGUCUUUAGGUCGUCGCCACUCUUCUUAUCCCUCCCCAGUCUCAUGACCUUGUCUGUUUAUUGGCACUCACUAUAAUCAGCCUUGCUCUAGAGCUCUUUGUGGACUUGGCUUCUCCUCUCCCCUCCCUGGCCCUCCCCUGCCCAUUAGAUUGUGAGCUCUUAGAAGACAGGGGUGGCCCUUCAUGUCUGAUCCCCUACCAAAUCUAGCACAGUGCCUUGCAUCAAGUAGAUAUCAAUAAAUAAAUGUUAAAUGGCAUUGGUCUUCCUUGACUUA